UCCAGUGAACAUUAAAGACUGGUGGUAAUUUAUGAUGAAAAUGCAGAUGUAGCUUUUAGCAGAAUGGAGAUAGAGAAUUUUGGUCCCUUCCUUGGACAUCAAUUGGCAAGUAGGAAAAUCAAUGGAGUAGUUGAGAAAGAAGAAAGAGAAGCUAAAAAUGAAGACGGUUUGAAUAAUUGGUUGCAAUGCCACAGUAAACAGCAAAUAGAAAUCUCUCUAACAGUGAGCAGGAAAGGGAGUUUUUGUGCAGCAAACAGAUGGACAAGGAAGCAUCUAGUGAUGUGUGCAGCUCAGUCCAAAUGGAGCUGGAAGAGAUAUCCAGCAAAAUAGCAGAUCUAGACAAGUGGAGAAAGAUUUUCAACGUUCGUGGAUUGGAGAUCAGUCACAGACCCUUUCAAAAAUACCAAGACUGUAAAUGUGAUAAUGAUAAAGAAGAUGCUUCUGGAACAUCUCAAAAUAAAAACCCCUCAGAACAGAGCAGGUUUCCAUUUAAUACUCUAUAUUCAAUUCCCAAAGCUGUAAUUGUUUCAUCAGACCUAGGAGGGCAUCCCAUCUCAUUGGAAAUGGCUCUGGAAUUGCGAAGGAUGUUAUUUGGAAACACAUUUCAAGUCUUCAACUAUGAAUGGAAAAAAUCAUAUUUCAGGUUUCACCACCCUUUUACUGAUUUGGCCUAUGCCUUAGAGAUGGAUAAGGGAGGAGCCACAGCAAUCCAGAUGGCAGUUCAGGUUCACAUCAUGAAACACUUUUUGUUUGUACAAAACAAAGAAGAAAAUAUCUCCCUUCAAAGUAUAUCUGAAGUAAGCCUCAAAGAGCAAGAAAAAACUCUUACAACAGCACUAGCCGAUAUUCUGUGGACAGCAGGAGAAAGUCAGAGAGCAACUAUCUGCUUUAUCACGGAUGAUACUUACAUUGCUGCAAAUGUAGAAUACGAAGUGGAUCACUUUACUGAACAAGUUCACUUGUUUGAAUUUGUUGAGAAAGAAACAAUGCAGCACUUUAUCUUGGAUCACAUACACUGUCUGAACUCUGAGGGAAGUCAUGGGGUGAUCUUAUUUCUGUACAGUUUACUUUUCUCCAGGACAUUUGAAAGGCUUCAGAGAGAUCUAGACUUCACCACAAUUCAUCUGUUACAAUGGAGACAUGGAGACAUUAGCUGCAGACAAGCAAUUCUGAAUCUCAUUUUAACUGGCAGAGCAAAUCCACAUGUGUUCAAUGGAUGCCAAAAGCUUGACACUGAAGGCAGCAUGCAAAAACUACUGCAUGGAGUCCACUCCCGCAGCAAUGUUGGCUACUUACGAUGGAGUAAGGAAGAAGCAGAACAGCACAGAUCUCUAAAGGUUGGAAGCAUGUUGAAGACACCAAAAUUGCCAAUAUGGCUGUGCAACAUAAAUGAAACAUAUAGUAUUCUCUUCAGCUUAAACAGGUUGUUAUUAUCUGAUUGGAAAAUGGAACAUCUCUUUGAUUUAUAUUUCUAUAAAGGCAAGACCUCCCAAAAGAAAACUAUCCAUCUAACAAUAGGUUUCAUAAGAAUGACAAGCUGUUAUAUUUAUUUUGAAAUCUGUCUGCUCUGGAAAGCGCUCAGAACAUCUGAAGUGGAUCUCUUCAAUUAUAGUGGCUAACUGAAGAUUUGCAUUAGUAUUAUGUUGACACUGGUGCAGACAGUUGGUGGAUAGGGCAAGACAUUCUGGAAAUGAGGUAUCACCAUAUUGGAUGCUCCAAGUAUCGUUAUUUUAAAGAAUGUGUAAGGUCAAAUUUGUGUUUGUGUGGGUGGAUGUGUAACAUGCACAUACUGUAUGUCCUUUUGUGGACACAUACUUGUGUAUAUGCUAUAUUAAUAAUUUCAUUCUGACCUGGUUUGCAUACUAUAAGCUAUGGUUUGUUUAACCAGGAUCAAUUGCAUAACACGUAAUUAGUUGUGGUUUGUAUAAUCUAUUAUUUAUGAAUCAGAGUGGCUUGAUUCAGGCAACAUACUAACCAAAUUUAAACAAAUUGUAUUAACAUGAUUUGAAAAGCAGAACUUGGUAUUUAGAAAAGUGAUAUGUAUGAUACUAAAUUUGUCAGAUAAAAGCGAGCUAUGUGGCACCCUAAAGACUAAUGAUUUUAUUGUAUGCCUGGAUCUGCAGACUAAUGUCACAAAGCCAUCUCAAAUUAAAUUUGCCUUUUUUUGAAAAGUGGUCAUUUUAUGGGAGCACCCACAACAUAUUUUCAAAAUUCCAAAGGGAUCCAUUGAUGCAUAACAAUGGAGACCAUGGGUUAGAGAAUCACUUGAGAUCAUUAGGAGACAGUCUGGUGGCAGGGGACACCACUUCCAAUGAAUGCUUCUUUGCUAUCUUUGUAUUUAAAAUUUAAGUGUUAAGGAAGAAAUUUAAGUUAAUAGCAUCAUAUCUGUUGUAAUCAUUUCCUUAGUCUGUCAAGAUUAUGCUAUGAGUCUUUACUUACGUAGCCAAGAAAGCAUCACCCACAUACAGGAGGAUCACCUGGAGAUUUGCAGAAAUAUGAUAAGAUAAAUACACCCAGGAACAAAACACCACACUAAGGAUAAGAAUCUUAUUGGUGUGGGAGAGGGAGGAACCAAAUGGAGCUGUUACAGUUCUGAUAGCAAUUUCCAGUUUGCAAUGAUGUAUUGCAUUAGCCAGAAACUUCUGAUUACGAUGUUGUAAUAUUUGAAAUUGGGCAUAAUAACAUAUUUUAAAUAAUCCAAAAAGAUAGAAAAGAAAUGCCAUCGCUGAACAUAACAAAAUGCUCAGAAACAUAGAAACUUCUGGCAGAGAGAAUAAAACACACAGCUUCAGAAGUAAAAACCUGUCAUAAGAAUGAGUGAUGAAAAUGAUUUCUCUGGUUUAUGUGACUCUACGGGUUACAGCAACAUACAAGAAAGUUGUGGCAGUGGCCAACUGACGCACUACAACUUAAAUUGACAGUGCCAAAAAGAAGAAGAAAAAUGCAGCAGCUCUCAACAGAAUAUCACAUGUCAUUGGCAGAUACAUAUAGGGCAUAAGUCCCUAAAGUGUAGUACAAAUCCAUUGCAGUAAACAGAUGCCAUGAAAUCUGCUCCCAAUGCAGUAAGGUACGAUUUUCAACUACGAUAACCCUGUUGUCUCAAUCACUGUUACAUCUAUCAUCAUAACUAAAUGACUCUUAAAUGGUUCCUCUCUAAUAGAGUAUGGAGGAAAUAAGUUCAUUUUUCAAACUGUUGACUGUUUUUGAGAAUUAUUAUUUUCUUUGUGAAUUUCUACUGAUUGCAAUGUCUUAAAUCUUGUUUGGUACAUUAUCCAUUAAAAUG